AUGCCCUCCAAAUUCACGCAUGUUUAGUAAGAUCCUUUGCAAACUUACUUAUGUUGCCCUUUUAUAUUUAAAACAAAUAUUCGUCUAGAACUGUCGUACAAUCUUGAAGAUGCUUCUUUACAAACACAUUAUUUUGUUGGAAAGGUAGACACCAGAGCGUUGUUAAAUGUCCACGAAGGUGAUGCUUUUAGCGAAAUAAAAGAAUAUUUUGUGGGGCACUACUUUUAUCAUAUAUAUGUUGUGGUAAAUACAACUGUGCCGUUUUCUCACAAGUUUUGUUAUUAGUUCACAUUCCCCGACGAAGAAAUUCCACAUUCGCAAGAAAUUUGGCUAAUUAUAUUGGUGCAAUGGGUACUUAAACGAAGGAGACCGUGUGUUCAUACGUUGACCACAAAGCUACUGCGUAGAAUAGACUGACAGUUUUAUGGUGGUAAAUGGGACGAAAUGAAACAAUUCGCUCUUAUUUUAUAGUUUUUAUUUGGUAUAUUUCAGUAAGCAAAGACCGCGUACUUUGAAGUUUACAGAUUUACAUCCAUUUUUGUUUCUCUUUGCAUUUAACUGGUAAAUUAAAAUUGAUCUAUGAGAGCUUUAAGGUUUAGGACAAGAGAUGAUUUUCAUUUAAUCCGGAGUACUUGAACGGUAUUUUGAAUGUUCUGGGAGUUUUGACCCAUGUCAGUCGUUAGUAUACUCUAAAAAUGAGCUUUUAAGGUUCUCAGCUUACAGUCUUUUCACUUCAAUAUACUACUGCGCAAACACUUAGGCCUUUCCGAAUCACUUGCACAUUUAAUAUGCAGGCGUCAGACACUAGUGGACUGCGAGACGCAUUCAAAAUAUAGGACAUGUUCACUAAAUGUAUGUGUACGGUAAAUAUACAAAGAAGCGAUAGCAUUAUUUUGCGCUAAUAUACAUAUGUAUACACAUAUACAUAUUGGUGCAGAGGGACGACCGCCAAUCAGGUUACGAACGUGUUUGACCUCCAUUUGCCUUGGUGUUUAAACUUGAACCGUCGCAGACAAUUGCACAAUGACUAAUAAUAUAGGUAUAAGGGGAAUCAAACGAGACAAGGAAAGGGUCCAAGUUGGGCUCAAAGGCUCCAUCACAACCGACAGGAAAAGGUAUCCAUGGCCCAAUGGUAGAGCCUUAGACUUAAUGGCCGAAAAUGCUUGAUUAAAACGACCAGGGUUAUACACUUCGGAUUUGGUAUGACAGGUCUAUAACGGAUAACAAGCCAAAUAUGGCCACUGUUUACAUUGCCACUCUUUUUUAUGUUUAAACGAUGACUGGCGUUCAGAAAAUGCAAACCUGGGGUCCGACAUGACUGACUGAUGACGUUUUAUAAGUCACAAAUGGCCCCUCUAGUCGCCUUAUCUCUGUCGGCAGUCGCUUUAAGCAUUUGCUGUCAUGAAUUUAUGAAAACAUAUGCAAAACUUUUGAACGUGAACAAAAUGCAUCGUAAUAAUUUCAGUCUUAUUCUGCAAAGCCGUUCGAAAUAUUUAAUAGACUGUUUAGAAUCAGUAUCGGGUAAUGACGUGUCCCCUUCUCAUAAGUAGCAAACUUAAACAAAGUAGGUCCGUCAAAUCAGGCUAAUAUUUUACUGCUAAUACUUUCUGCAGAAAACGUCUAAUUCCCAGUAAAAUUGUUUUGUUUGCAUUUGCAGUCUAAGAUCAUCAUACCUACGUGCAUCGUUUCUUAACAGAAUGAAGUUUUCAGCAUUAAGGUUUAAAAACGUAAAUUAUUUUGUUCCAGUAAUGUAUUGCAAGGUUACUAUAAAAUUCGAGAAUUUACCGGUCGGUUCAUGUAGCCGGUGUUUUUUUCCGAUAAGGCGUACGAGUAACCUAUCUCUGGAUGUCAUUUUUAAGAUAUUUUCUACCAUUCCUUACAAAACCAGAAACUCUGCUAAUACACCUAGGUUGUUUCGGUUUCCUUGCGUGCAUUAUGACAUAAGUCAUCCACCCAACGAAAGAAGAAAUAACGAAUACUAAAUUCUCAGAUGUUAAGAUUGUUAUUGGCUCAUUUGGUGAUAUCUAAUAUGAGCGGCUUAAAUCGAUCUGUUUGCUGAAUUUAAGGCACUUGGGAGUUUUACAUAUUACACUACUAACAUGCCAAAGUCAAGAGCUGCAGUAACUGAGGCUACUAGCAAGAUGAGCAUAUAUUCAUGACUGCAAUUCCACCUACCAGUAGAUAUGUCUGGCGGGACAUAAGUUGGAGUAAUCAAGCGUUACAUACUACGCUUUCAAAGUUUGCUGCUAUGGGCGCGAGAGUCGGUCGGAAACUGCCAAAAUGCCGUUAGUGUUUCGCCAGCUUGGUUUGCAUUCUUCAUACGUCACUUAAUCAUUAGGACACGCAGAAGUAAACAAGUGGAUGUCCUGCUAUCAUGAAAAACCAAUUUUUAAAACGAAAAUGCAGGAUUGUCUCUAAACUUUCCAGUGUUCUAAAAGAUAAAAUCAGCACCAUUUGGGAAUCAUGAAAUAAGAAACAUUUCCAUCAAAAUGACAUUUAUACCGUUCAAUAUUAUCGCCUUAGAUAUUCUAAAUUAUGCGCGAACUACGAACGUUUAGUGAAACGGACAUCCUUCGUCUGUUACAAAACUGGACUAAUUCCAUGAGUGCACGCAUAAUAAGUACCAAAUGCCUACACAGAAAACAGUCUGAAUGCAUGCAUUCACCCUUUAAGUCAACCACGCAAAAACCUGCCGGAAGUAAGUAUUCGUAAUAAAGUGUCAUAGUUCAGUCGUCGCAAGCAAAGAGGUUCACAUGCUUCCGACAAGUGAAUUGGUUUAUUUUGAGGUAGAACUUCAGUGCGUUUACCUUGCCUUCUCAUUCUGAGCUAAGCAUAUUCCGAUAGCAUGGCACAUUUAGUUAGGCUGGCGGAGAACAUGUACACCGUAAAGAAGGGGAAUAAACAUCCCGUCCAAUCGUGCCACGUUUGACCUGAUUCCCAUUUCCACACACACACGCACACCGGACUUCAGCGAGAGGCGUUCAGUCUUCACAAGGAAGUAACUCCUAAAUAAGUCACAAUAAAAGACGCCAUUACAGUCUGAUUUCGGUCUCAAGUUUGACUUGAUUAUCUCGUUAUUUGGAUUAGUUCUAAGUCGAAAUCAUUGGCGUGACAUUACAGUAAAGAAAGGCGUUCGCCUGUAAUUGAUGACGAACUUAGGUAUUGAAUUCGAGUUAGACAAAUAUCACUUUCUUUGUACUUUUCAAUAACCCAGCGACAUGUUGAUUCAAACCGACAGGGAAUUAGAUUAAGCGCUGUGGCCGCAUAACCUGAAUUUUCAAUCCAAUAAGGGCGCUUCCUGACUCAGAGUUCACUAAAGUUAGAUGAAAACGAAAACAUGCGGAAGGGAAAAAACGUACAAAAUCUAGACAACUCCUGGUAUAUGCUGCCAGUGUGAAAUAUGCAGUGUGAAGUAUGCAUUAAACUGACUUUUAUCAGUUCAUGAAGGAGGGGGGCUUAUUUUAACUCUAAGGGUCCCCGCAGUCGCCUAAGGGGCUUUCAAACAAGCAGCAUGUAUGUAACCAGUCAGAAGGCAGUGUUGCCAUCUUUUUUUAAAAACAUGCAAGUUCACGAGAUUUCGUUUAAAAAGAACUAGCAAAUGUUCAACUUUAAUAUGCGCGAAUUCAAUUGGAUUUUGUUUCCAUACACUUAGAGGUAUUCAUAGAUGUUUUUAGUAGCCAACUUACUGUAUCAGUUUUGGUGGAUUCCAGACGUUGCAGUAGGUUGGGCAGUUAACUUGAUCCAAAUGUGAUUAAACUCGCGUCGUCCGGCGGGGCCUCGUAGCUGAGGUGGUUAGAGCGUUGGCUGUACUAAAGAAGCCUUCCCCUUACGGUCGGGGGUUCGGAUCACACCGAGGCGCAGAGUUUUCCACAGUUGGGUCAAUAUGAUGUUAGUUUUCAGGAAGUACCUGAGAGAACGCCAAACUCUCGGACACGAGUCUUCUGUAAGUACCGGUUACGGUGGCUGACACGGUAGAACGGAGACCCUCAGUUCCAUCUUGCAAUCAGAAUACGUCGGUGCGCGCCAAGGUCGCAUGAAAAUCCAGUUUCCUUUUUCACCAGAUGUCAGAACACGCCGACAGCUGUAACAGGCUGCCUGUUGUGUGCGUUAAUUGAACACUUCCAAAAAUCGGGGAAUACAGAUCAGACCUGUGUUCGAAUAAUUCUAAAAAUAAAUUUACGCUUACGUUCUAUUUAGUACUCAGGGUCCUUGGAAAAUACAAACGGGCGAUAAAUCCCAAUAGUACUCCGUCCUAGGUCGAUCGCAGACGUGUACUGCGAAGUAAAGUCAACAUCUUUUGAUGGAUUAAAUUCUUCUACUAGGUGUCUUGCCCAGUAGAAUAUGUGACUCAGUUGAAUGUUCAAAUUUAUAUUGUGACAUGUAAUGGAGGAAUAUAGGUGGCUAGCUCAUGCAUUCUGACAAAUGAACCUUGCUAAGUUAUGGCUAAGUUAUCUGGGGUCUCAGACACCGAAAGUGUACUUUAAUUGACCAUCGGAAACAACGCACAAACUUUCGCUGUUGAACUAUAUAGUGAUACGGCACUCAUCAGUGACUAGCAGUGGUCAUUCUGGCAGAUUACCGAUCAAGACCCGGGUGCCAGUUGUUGUGAAAGGGUGCUAAGUCUGUUAACGUCUAGUUUUCCAUAUCUUGACGCAUUAGUUGCUACUUCCGGGUGCAAAGAAGGUAUUGGGGUAUACAGAUCUUUAACAUGCAACUAUUACGCGUUUAGCCUAAAUCAUAUUAUCGAAACCUAUAAUAAAUAUCGAACGAGAGAAGGAGUGGGUAAGUCAUUAGCUCAGCCGUAUUAAUUAUAGACUUACAGAAGAAGGUUGGCAAAUGCAACAACCACAAAAGUAAUUUGAAUUGCUUUAUCGUGCGUAAAAUAUUGAUGCAUUUGAUGUGACCAAGUUGUUUGUAGCACGCACAGCCGGGUUCUCCAGCUCUGUCAGUCACUUCACCUAAUCUCCGCGCCAGACAACUGGCCGAAUCGGAUAGAAUACUGAUGGCUGGGCAAGAUGAGGGAGUGAGAUUGGAAUCUCACGGUGAAUGUUUCUUACUAACAAACAACCUGACACAUCUGAAUAUAUCACAUUGCGCUAAAAGCCCUGACUUGAAAGACUACAAAACUAACAGAGUACAUCGCUCCUCCUCUCGGGACGGAAAGCCAGACCCAAAUGACACCUGCUUUAUGUGACCUUAUCGGCAUUCCCACUCAGUUGGGAUCUGUGCCGCUCCGCCUCCUUGCUGCGCGGAAUCCUGGUCCUUUGUGCGCAGAUCAGGGGAUGUAAUGGUGCGUCUAAGCGCGGGCGCACGUCCCACCGGCCACCUACGUCCGAUCCUGCCCCUGAAUCGUCCCGUCGUCCUGAAUCUGUCUUGACACCGAGACCAGGCAUGCGUGCGGAGGAAAGAGUGCAGUAAGUGCAGGGGAGGUUAUGAAGUUAGGAAGUUACGAAUUUGCUCACGUGCAAAUCACAGUCCUUACACCCACACUCCUGUGGAGGACACGGUGGACAUAGUCGGUAUCCACGGUGUGACUGCCACCACAAGGCUAAAAACCUAGAAUUACGUCCCAACCUCUUCCAAUCAAAUCCGCACUUGAAUGUGCACAUUCAGAAGAGGUCAUAAACUGUCUACUUCAUUAACGAUCACUGCUCAUCGAACAGGUCAUUAAAACAACAGGGCCACAUGUAAUUUUCAAGGAAGGCGUGUUUUGUCGUGACUCUCAAACAACACUGUACGGCAUUGCGCAGUAUUUUACACAAUUUUUUUUCGAAUGACCCCACUGUACACAUGUGUUCACUGUCUUAGACUUCACGGGAAGUUCUGUCUAUACAAUAGCAGAGGGGUGGGAAAACAAAGAAUGCAGGUAGAUUGAUAUAGUACGCUUUCUGACUUAUUCUGCCUUAGUCCAGCUAAUCGUAACCCUGACUAUCAGCCGGAAGUAGAAACACCAACAUAUGCUCUUACGUGACGCAGGUGGUCCAUGGAGGGGCUGAAGUAGAUGGACCAAGAGCACUUUACUGAACUGAAGUCCAUUAUUGCCUCGUCACCUGUUAUCCUCUACCUUCAGAUCGGAAAUUUAUUAAAUUAGGACUGGGCUGUUAUAGCCGGUUAUCUUAAAUUUAUCGGACUGGUCCUUUCUUGACUGUUAGUAAACUCUAGCACCCAUACAGAGCUUGUUUCCUUCGUAAAACAAAUGUAUCGGUGUGUGCACAUUCUUAAUCUGGUAAAUUCCAAUCAGCAGCGAAGGAGAAUGAUAGCUGGCGAGGCAUUGAUGAACGUUACUUCGAUGAAGAGCUUAUAACCCAUCUGCUUGACACCCUCCAAAUACCAUCUGCGUUGUGUAAGGGUUUACGUUAGCGUUUCUAGUUCCAGCUGGUGGUCGGGGUUAUGGCUGGCUGAAUGCAGGCAGAAUAAGUCAGAAAGAGUACUAUAUUAGUCUACCCUGUGUUAUUAUAACGCGGCCGACUUCAGUUUAUUAAACAGUUGCCUGUUCGUGGACUUUGCUGCCGAUACGAAGUUUGGUCGAGCCGGGAGGCCAACAGAUUUUUGUGCAUUAAUUUCUGCCUGAAUAUAUAAAUGUGUACUUAGGUUUGUGCCAAUAAAGACUAGGAAGAUAGGCACUAUCGUCAUUGCCGCCACCUACUAUUGCUAAUAGCAUAAAGAAUCGCAAUGAAAUUUUCUGUGAGGGUUCUUACUUGAGCCUCGAAGUCCAAUAGAUAAACACGUCCAUAACCUGAUUGCUGAGCGUUCAAUCCUACAUAUACUUAAAAGGAGACCACAAACAAGCACAAGGGAGUGAGGUUUAAAAAGACUGAGUGAGCAUGGAAACCAUUUGUUUAUUUGUCUGAGUAUUUGAACUCGUGCAGGAGUCCAUCGUCAAGAAUAAAAACACCAACAAAACAGGCGUCACUUACAGGGGUAUUAGCAAAUCAGCGAUCGGAGAUGCAGGUAUGGAGGUGGCUGUACAGGACUCCGUGUGCUGAUGCCAAAUUGAUGCGCCAAUUGGCUGAGUUGUCCUCCGAGGCUCAAGCAUCAAUCAGUUCUCCGCUAGGCCUCCCUCAGACAUGAAAGUGUAUCUUUGUAGCUGCGAAGUCAAACUCGUGACCCCUUUAGAAGUUGUAGGCAGCCAGUUGCGAUACUUCAUCACCCCUUUGCAGAGUCCGUAUAUUUUCGUGCAUGCACGGUCCGAGUAUGCACACAGUCUGACCUGUGUAAUAACAAGGGUAUUUUAGACACAAGAUGCGGUACGCUACAAGUGACUGCUUACCGGAUGUUAAAUUAUCUCUGAUUUUCAUGACGCUGUUGAGCACGGUAGCUGUGGGCCGGUGUACAGUCUCAACACCUACCCUCCUCAGCAGUUCGUUCGAUUGCGGUGUGUCAGGGGCACGACUUUUCGCGUCAGUCGUAUUCCGGAUACUUGACUUCAAGUCUUGACCUAAAAAAUUCCCAAAUAGCUAGUUUAAUUUUUUAUCAUGAAGUCAUAUAUCUGAAACCCGCAGAGAGGACGGUGAGAGACCUACAAAAUACCCUAACCUCUUUCAGUUGCUUCAUACGACAGCGAGACAUGUGGCUAAACUUUUAAUUUGUAUACAUGGUAUGGCUAGACCUUUAUCAUACAUAUAAGUAUGAGGAGGAGGAGGAGGAGGAGGACAAGGGUAAGACAAGCUCGGGAAGAGGAAUUAUCGUCUGAAGUUUCGCGCGCGUACUCGAGCGCAUCUCAGUAUCUAGAGUAGACAUUUUCACUUGUAUUUAUGCGAAUGUAUAUAUAUACCUAUGGAUAUAGGCAAAAAUGCUGACCCCAGGUGUUAAUAUGGAAGGGGAGGAUGAGGCGAUCUCUGGGGAAGAAGGUUUAUUCAUCUGACGUUUCGUGUUCAUACUCGAGCACACCUUCGGGUGAGAGUGCAGAUGGCCUAUUUAAACCCUGUAUUUCUCGCUCAGCCUAUCUCCGAAGAUGUGCUCGAGUAUGAACACGAAACGUCAGAUGAAUAAACCUUCUUCCCCAGAGAUCGCCUCAUCCUCCUCUUCCAUAUAUACCUGUGGAUCACAGCGGCUGUAUAGUGAGAAUUCAUAUGUUCUUGAGCUUAAGAGAUUUAUCUCAUGUUUAUGAAAUAAUUUCAUUCACACAUAAUGCCCAGGCGUACACACUUUUUUCUUUUGAUCUCCAUCCUUCUGCUUCCCGUCUUUUGUGGCGCUUCUAAAUUAUGACCCGUCGAAGGACGUUAGCGAUAUUUAAAUUUGGAGGACAAGCCGAAAUCCAACCAACAAGUGUUAUUUUGUUUUACAAAAUUUAGCACUGCGCUGAUAUCCAUCACGAUGCUGCUUCUUCAUGCAACUAUUGCGGCCAGUGCGAAAAUUACGCCCGAAUACUUUGCAGAAAGGAUGCUGGACGUUACGGGCUUGGUGGAUGCAGCAACUGCCUCCCUGGAUGACUGCUACGAGGCUCUGAAACUGAUGCGAUGGAGCUGCAAUGAGGCCUGCGCGUACUCCCAACCAACCAGUGACUGCCUCCACAAGUGCUGGGCUGGGUGGAAAUACGGCCGUCUAGCCUGCCGGCUUAGGUUUUCGUGA